AUGGGGAACUAUUACUUCACUAGCGCAGCGGAUGGAAGCAAAACCAAGGUGGAAUACACGUUUGGCUACAAGAAGAAUUCUGAUGGAAAUGUGCGAAUCUUCCUCCACCACUCGUCUGUACCAUUCAGCCCUGGCCCCGCCGCCCCAGCUGCCCCAGCCGCCCCACCUGCACAAGUCGCAGCGAUUUCUGAGGAGGAGGUGAGAGGCGCGCAGAGGGCUUGGGCCAAAGCCAUUAAGACGAUCUCGAAGAUCUAUUUGAGUGGAGGGGACUAUGUGGAAGCUGCGGGGAAGGCAGCAGGUGAGCUGUACGGCUACGGUCACACAAAAGUGCUCUUCAAGCCAACGAAGGCAAAGGAUGUCCAGUUCCGGCCCAUGGCAUCCCAAGCCAUGUCCUACUUUGUGGGUUGCAAGGCCGUUGAGGAUGGAAUUCCAGAAGAUGGUGGCUUCGCCAUCAACGGUGGCAAGGGUUGGUCGGAUGUUCUGUUCGACAAUCACCAGAUUGUCGUGGACGGCGCUACCGCCACCGCCAUGGGCAACUACGUCUUCAUCAGUGCAGCAGAUGGAAGCAAGACCAAGGUGGAGUACACAUUCGGCUACAAGAGGAAUUCUGAUGGAAAUGUGCGAAUCUUCCUCCACCACUCGUCCGUGCCAUUCAGCCCUGCUCCCGACACCCGCCCCGUGUCCAAGGAAGAUGUGCUGAGUGCUCAGGCAGCGUGGGCCAAUGCCAUUAAGACGAUCUCUAAGACCUACCUUGACAAGGGCGACUUUGUGGCAGUUGCUACCAAAGCGGCUGGCGAGCUUUACGGAUAUGGUCACUCGAAGGUCCUGUUCAAGCCCACCAAGGCUGCAGAAGCACAGUUCCGUCCGACUGCCGAGGACGCAAUGUCCUAUUUCGUCGGAAGGAAAUCAGUUGAGAAAGGUCAUUCUGAGGAUGCUGGCUUCGCCAUCAACGGGGGCAAGGGCUGGUCAGAUGUCGUGUUCGACAACCACGAGAUCGAUAUGGACGGCAACAUGGCACUCGCAAUGGGGAACUAUUACUUCACUAGCGCAGCAGAUGGAAGCAAGACCAAGGUGGAGUACACGUUUGGCUACAGGAGGAACCCCGAUGGAAAGGUGCGCAUCUGCCUCCACCACUCGUCGGUCCCUUUCAAGGCGUAG